UGCUGUUUCCAAUAUAGAUUUACAAGGGCAGUCUGUUGUUGUAGCAGCAACCAUGCAGCAACACGGCAUGCACGUCAAGUGCUUGGCUAUUCCUGGACUGAGUGUUGGCAGUCCCACCAGAGAGAGGGCCGGAGCAUACGAGACCGAGGUACUGUGUAUGGCUAACUUUGUGCACUGUGCUUAUUACGGGAAGAUUAUAACGGAAUACAUCAGACAUCACCAGGCUCCUGUUAAAAAUGUCCACAUCCUAUGCUGCCGCUCUAUCAGCCCUUGUUACCGCCACCUCCCCUGAGCGACAAAUACAACUAAACGUGAGCGCUCAUUCUGCCCCUGAGCCCUCCACCUCACCCGGGAGUCCGAAAUCGAUUCCCCCAGCCAGUCCAGCUCCUCCACGUUGUCAUCCAGUUGAAGCUCAUCCUGGCCCGCCGGAGCUUGCGGGAUCAUAUGACGAACAGGAGAACCCGUCAGAUUAUGGGAUCGGUGGUUAUUAUCCUGUAGAGGUUGGAGAGAUUUUUGAGGACCGAUACCAGGUGGUCAAAAAGUUGGGAUGGGGUCACUUUUCCACAGUGUGGCUCUGCUGGGAUAUGGUGAGAAGACACUUUGUCGCUCUCAAGGUGGUGAAAAGUGCUCCGAUGUUUACAGAGACAGCCAUGGAUGAGAUCAAACUUCUCAAAUGUGUGAGGGACAGUGACCCCAGAGAUCCCAAACGUCAGACAAUUGUGCACCUCAUCGAUGAUUUCAGGAUCUCUGGAGUGAACGGAGAGCAUGUCUGCAUGGUCCUGGAGGUGCUGGGCCACCAACUCCUGAGGUGGAUCGUCAAAUCCAACUACACAGGUCUUCCGCUUCCUUGCGUCAAAAGCAUCAUCAGACAGGUUCUGCAAGGUUUAGAAUACUUGCACACAAAGUGCAAGAUCAUACACACAGACAUCAAGCCGGAGAACAUCCUCUUGCGGGUGGACGAUGUUUACAUACAGAAACUGGCAGCCGACACCAAACUGUGGCAACUGCCCGAUUCCGCCGUAUUGACCAGCGAACCAAAGAGCUCAACUACCAAACAAAAAAAGAGUUUGUCCAAAUUAAUGGGAAGGUUGACGGGGGUUUUCCAAAACAUUGGGAAUUGGUCUAGCAAGACUUCAAGGUCGAAUCUAAAACGCCUGAGGUGGACAGAGAGGAAGCAGCGAGCCAAGGCAAAUACAUCCGACCAAAGUCAAAAAGCACCUCACGAUGGCCUAUAUGAUGUUACAACUCCGUCUGGCACCUGUCAAACAUUGCUCCCGGACUCUGACGUCACAUUAAGGAGACAGACCAUGCUCUUGUCCGACACCCUGGACUCGCCUGAGCUCAGUCACAGAAACUUCUCCUCUUCGUUGCCAGACAUCACCAAAGAUGCCCCCUUUUCUGCGUCCAGAACUUUAUUUUUACACCAGAUGCCAGACAAACAACUCUCUCCUCAUGGAAACAAUGACUGUGAGGGGCCUCUUGACCUCCUACUACCACAUAACGCGGAUAAGAUGCUUGUUAAAAUUGCUGACCUGGGCAAUGCUUGCUGGGUGUACAAACACUUUUCUGAGGACAUCCAGACAUGUCAAUACCGCUCAGUGGAGGUCCUGAUCGGUGCUGACUACAGCACCCCGGCUGACAUUUGGAGCACUGCCUGCAUGGCUUUCGAGCUCGCAACGGGGGACUAUCUGUUUGACCCCCAGUCAGGGACCACAUUCUCCCGUGAAGAAGAUCAUAUUGCACACAUCAUCGAGCUGCUGGGACCUCUUCCAUCCAAGUUGGCCCUUUCGGGGAAAAAAUCCAAAAGAUUCUUCAACCAAAAAGGACAACUGAGGCGCAUCUCAAAGCUGAAGCCGUGGAGCUUGUUGGAAAUUCUGCUGGACAAGUACGAGUGGCCACAGGACGAAGCGGCCCGGUUCAGUUCGUUCCUCUUGACCAUGUUGCAUCUUCAGCCGGAAAAAAGAGCCACAGCGGCCCAAUGUCUCAAACACCCGUGGAUCACAACAACCUAACUUGACCUCCUUGUUUUGACCUCGGCUUUUUUCUCUCCCAUUCAUUGGACUUAGAGGACUUUAUUGUACAAAUCUGGUGCUGGCAUCAUGUGCAAAGCCUUGUGCCUUUUCCCAUCAGGCGAUUUGCAUAUUCACAGCACUUCCAUUGGAUUCAGACAGAAUGACCAACUUAAGUUUGUUUUCUAUUAUGUAUUCAAAAGGUAUACUUUCUAGUUUCACUUUUUUAAAAGAACAAAUUACAUUUGAA